AUGAUUUUACUAGCAGUGCUUCCCGUCCGCUCAGCCAUAUAUAAGCAGUGUACCGGCGGAUUAGUAGUUAGGUGGGUGACCACUAGCGAAUCCCCGCUGUUGCACUAG